AUCCAUGUAAAGAAAAUCCCUGUAAGAAUGGUGGUACGUGUGUUUCAUCAGGUGAUGGAAAUUAUAACUGCACUUGUGUCAAUGGAACUACAGGAAGAAACUGUUCAGAAAUAGAAGACUAUUGUAAAUUUUCUGAGGAAGGUUAUGAAACGGGAGACAGUGUUUGUCCUGAAACUAAAUGUAAAACUUUAGACAAAGGGUUUAUCUGUGUUUGUGAUGAGAAAGAUGAUUAUUAUUAUUAUUAUGACUACACAAAAGAACAAUGUGUUCCAUACGAAUUUAAUAACUGUACCUUUAUGGAAUGUGAAAACAAUAAAGUGUGUGUGUCUGGAGCAUGUGAAGACUUUUCUAUAGAAAAAUACUGCAAUGAUUCCACAUGUGCCGAAAAAAACAAUAGCAUUUGUGUAGUAGACUAUGAAAACUCAAUAGCUCAUAAAUGUGUUUGUGCAGAAGGAUUUAAAGAAUUUGAUGGAGUGUGUUAUAAAAAAA